CCGUAGUGUAUGCCGACCGCCGCGAUACCACAGUAGACAAUACAUACAUACCAAAGCCGUCUAGAUGUGUAUAUAAAAUGGUUGACGCCAAUGUACACGGUACUCAAUUGACGGCAAAGGACCGAUCGGUUCGACCAACCGAGUCAGCCGGCGACGACAACCUCCUAUCCCCCGCCGUUCUCGGCCGCGAUGAGACCAGCAUCGUAGAGAAUGUUAGCGGGUUGCCAGGGGAUAACAUCCCAGUCGGCCCCGUCAACAUCUCAAAGUCGUUGACCAUCCGCCUUUACACCUCCCACUUCCUGUCGACAUGGAACGCGCGCUUGUUCGAGGCCGCCGCCGUCUACUUCCUCGCCUCCAUCUUCCCGGACAACCUCCUACCCAUCUCCGUCUACGCCCUAACGCGCAAUGCCGCCGCAAUCGCCCUCACCGUACCCGUGGGCAAGUGGAUCGACCGUGCCAACCGUCUGACCAUUGUUCGCAGCUCCAUCGUCGGCCAGCGCGUCGCCGUCGCCGCUUCGUGCGGCCUCUUCUGGGUCAUGUUGGCGCGGCCGCUGAGUACCGCGGCGCUGGAUGGGCUCUUCGCGGCCGUCGUGAUCCUGGCCUGCGUCGAGAAGAUCUCUGCCGGCGUGAAUCUGGUCUCGGUCGAGAGAGACUGGGUCGUCGUCAUCACCGAGGGCAACGAGCCCGCCCGGAGGAUGAUGAAUGCUCGCAUGCGCCGCAUCGAUCUCUUCUGUAAGCUGCUUGGCCCCCUGACCAUCGCGCUGAUCGCCGCGGCGUCCGUCCCGGCUGCUGUCUAUUCGACUCUCGGCACGAACGUCGCGUCAGUUCUGGUAGAGUACCUCUGUAUCGAGACGGUAUUCCGCAGGGUUCCAACCCUCCGCCGUUCCGCGAGGCCAUCGACCCCCCAGCCGCCAGAGGCUGCUACUCACCAAGAGGAGCAGAGCCGCCGGCAAUCGCCAUACACCGCUUUCCGACAACGGCUUCGGCGCAUGGCAUCGCAGAUCCCGAUGAUUUCCUCCUUACGCCUCUACUUUGGCCAUCCAGCAUUCAUCCCGUCGUUUUCUCUCUCUCUGCUGUACCUCACCGUGCUCUCCUUCUCUGGCCAGAUGCUGACCUACCUGCUUGCUUCCAACAUCAACUUGUGGCAAGUUGGCAUCAUCCGAGGCGUUUCGACACUGUUCGAGCUCAGCGCUACCUGGAUCGCACCCCGCCUGACGAAGCGUAUCGGCGUCAUCCGAACGGGUUUGUGGUCUAUCAGCUGGCAGAUGACAUGGCUUACCGGCGGUGUCACAUGGCUUUUCUAUCAUUACGGGCGUGGCUACCCAUUGACCGAUAUUAUGCCCGCUGCAGGACUCGCCGUCGCUGUAGCGUUCAGUCGUAUUGGUCUCUGGGGUUUCGACCUAUCGGCGCAGAAUAUUGUGCAAGAUGAAGUCCAGGGCGAUCGUAGGGGGAUAUUCUCCACCAUCGAGACCUCGUUCCAGAACGUGUUUGACAUGCUGGCAUGGGCCCUGACAAUCAUCUGGUCAAAGCCCGGCUCGUUCCAGUGGCCCGUUCUCAUCAGCUUUGCAGCCGUCUAUAUAGCGGGCGGGCUCUAUGCCUCCUUUUUGCGCCGGCGCAGGGGGCAUUUCCUCCAUGCGCCGUCGUGUCUCGCUCCUAAAGCAGAUGUGUGACGAAUCUCAAGACCCCACCUCGAAAACGAGGUUUGUAAAAGGUACUUGAAACGGGGUGACGUUCGGGGAAGCCAAAAGGUUCGGGUCAAAAAGUCGUAAUUGACGGAAUAUGCCGUCAAGGCUGAGAAUUUUGCCAAUUGGCGAGCGGUUAGAAGAGCAAGAUUCGAGAGAGAGAGAAUGAACUGCGAACCAAACCAUACUCGCCGCGCGAGGCGACGACGUUGCGGCUAGGAGGGGCUCUAACUAAUUAUGCUGUGGCCGGUGUGAACUAGUGCGAGCACGCGGUUCAGGCUUGGCUCCAUAUUACCCGAUUAGGAAGGGCGCCAUUCCCGGCAAGUGUAGCGUGA